CGAUGACGUCGAGGCGGACGGUGACUAAAAUGGCGUCCCGCAAUGAAGCAGGAAAUGCUGUCAAAUUUAUCCGGUGAAGGAAAAGUUUGGGUUCGGGGCUGAGACCUUGUCGCGGACGCUGCCGCGAGCGAUUUGCGAGGAGCUUAAAGUUUUAAAAAAAAAAGAGACUAGAGAUUCUAAAUGGCCUCUAGGAAAUCGGGAUCAGAUUUUCAAAACUCUGGAGGGACAUUCAGUUAUCUUGAUGAUGUCCCAUUUAGGGUUGGUGAUAAAUUCAAGAUUCCUGCAAAAGUGGGCUUUCCUGUUGGAUUUUGUAUACCAGACUAUUCUGUAUUGCUGAAAGAAACUCAUUACAAUUUCUCCUUAGAGAAAAAAACAAACAAAUGGGCUGAAGAAAUUAAACGAAUCAAAGCUGAACAAGAGGCAGCCAAUCUAAGCAAAGAGGCAUCUGCAAUGACUGCAAAAGGUGAGACACUGUCAGAGAACAGUAGUGGAAUUCAGUACACGGAUGGACCACUUUCUAGAGCAUUUCCACCACCGAUGAACCCCAUACUUGCCAGUCUAAGGCACAACAACAUUCUAACCCCAAUGCCAGCAAACAGCAAUGCUGUAAAGCAAAAAGACCCAAGUCCCCCGAAUGCAACUACAUUUAACCUUGCAGACUUUGAAAGUGAGGAAGAUCCUUUUGAUAAACUGGAGCUGAAAACACUAAACGAUAAAGAGGAACUUAAAAAUAUUCUUGAGGUUCAGGCCAGUUCACGACAAGUGAUUAAUUCACAGCCGGAUAAUGGACUGGAAAUACAAGUCGUGGGACUCGCAGACACAUUACCAGGCCCUGAAGUGCAUGUCUCCACAGAGGAGGUUACCUCAGACUUCAAAGCUCUUCACAAGCCAAAUGGCCUCAUAAAUUUACCACAGUUGGAGAACUGUGAAAAAGUGCCCCUUUCUGCCAAAGUAUCUCUUCCACCUUCUUCAGCUGUCAGCAAUAUCAAAUCUCUAUCCUUUCCCAAAUUGGAAUCUGACGAGAGUGACCUGAAGACUGCUAAGCUCACGGGCACUUUUCACAGCACAAGCCUCCCCAAUGGCACCUUGUUUAGUUCUGUGAAGAACGGUGACCAGUACAAAGUCAGUGGUUUGAAUGGUCAUCAUUCCACUGUUGCAUCCAUGAGGUCCUCCUCAAGCUUUGACCUCACCACACACCCGUCAUCUUCCAGGACAAAUGCUUCACCAGUUCUGUCGAGACCUGGAAGAGAGUCCUCAUCUCACAAAUCGGCGACAGUGGUUAAUUCUCAAAGCCACCCCACCCCAGCAGAAUCACCUACCGUAUGUUUGGGAAAUACGAAAACAUCACCAAGUAGAGGGGAGUUUCCAGACUUCCUUAAAGUGUUGUCUCCAAGUCAAAGGCAUUGUGCGGAAACAAUUGUUAGCAUGGGAUACUCCUGUGAGAAUGUAAUAAAAGCCAUGCAGAAGCGAGGCGAAAACUUAGAACAGGUGCUUGAUUACUUAUAUGUACAUGGACGACUCUGUGAGCGGGGCUAUGAACCAGCGUUAGUGGAAGAGGGCCUGGAGGUGUAUAGAUGUUCCGAACCAAAAGCUCUGAAGUUUCUUCAGCUCAUGUCGAAGUUCAGAGAAAUGGGCUUUGAACACGGAGUUAUUAAGGAAGUUCUUCUAUUUCAUAAGAAUGAUCAGGAGAAAGCGCUGGAAGACUUAAUGGCUCGUGCAGGAGCAAGUUGAAGGCGAUUCUUCUCCCAUCUCAGCCUGAUUGAGAGCACAGAGAAGAGAACAAAAAUCUGCCCAUUUACUAUUCAGUUUCCAGCUCUGUUUAUACAAGCAUGGCUGUUUUCUUUUAAAUAUAUUUUUUGUUUGUUGGGGGAAGGGAGAGAGCGAUAUCAAAUGGAUCCAGAGGCACUGCAUGCUUCACAAGGAAGAUGGAGAUGAAUAUAUGCACAAGAUGGCAUGUGGUAGCCCUAAUAUUUUGAUUAUUGCCUCAUUCAGAGAUGAAAGGAGAAGUGGUCACAAUAUGGCAGACAUGUCUCGCCCACUUUUCUCAUCAAUGGGCAUGGGAAGAUUAAAUUGAAUUCUGAGAUUUGUUUCUGUUUCCUCCCCCCUCCCCAAAUAAUAUAAGAUUGUGCAUCUUACACUCUUGCACUGAAGUUUGUUUAGGUGAGUGGAAAAGCUGGAUAAUAGCAAUGUUCCCAGGUUAAAAGCUGCUUUUUGUCCUGUGUCAAAGACUACAUUUACUGGCCUGUAGACUAUUGUAAAAGUUGUAUUUGAAUUCAGUAACCCAUAGUGCAAUAGGAACAGAGUGGGGCUAGCCUGUCCUCUGUCACUCGCUGGGUACAGAGUGUUGCCAACUCUGCAUGAUGUUUGGGAAACACAAUGGGAGGGGAAGCCCAAAACUUUGAACAAAAUAAGGCAAGCUCUGCAUUGAUCUAUUGCUGCCCUCCAUCCCCAAAUGGGUCUGUCUUAUACAGAUUCCCUUAUAGGAAAUCUAUUCAUAGGCUCUUAAAUGAAUUGCAGCGUGAGGUGAAAUUUCUCAACUAUUUAAGCACUUUCUUUAUAUUUUGGUGUUGCCGCUGCACUUGCUUCAUUUACACUGUUGUCAAACGUUCCAUAAUGUCUUCCUCACUGCUGUAGUUCUGGAGUGUUUAACAUUAAUCUUUAAUAUUAACAGCAAAAAAAAUCUCUUUUCAUAUUAGAACAAAUGUUACAUUGUUCUGCAUUGUAAUGUUUCACAGAUCUUCAAACAGCAGCAGCUUUUCUGAAUCUUAGACGUUACUUACAAUUUUGAUUCUGCUAAAAAGGUACUAAUAAAACCUUAAAGUAAAACGCAGUUGUGUUGGUUGAUUAGCUUUUAAGCGGUAGCUUUGCGACUGCUGUAACUUUAGCUUGCAUCCAAAUGAACAGUGCGGGAACAUUGACAAGAAAAUAGAAACAAAUAUUUUGGAAGUGCUGUUAAUACCGAUCGAUGGGUUAGAAUUUUUGCUCGCUCUAGUACUUUUGAAUUUCGUUACUUGAGAACUAACAAAUGGCAUGAGAUGGAUAUUCAACCUUUCCUUCUAUAGCUAAAAUUUAACUCACCAUGCACACUCCUGGAGGAAAGCUCUGCAUAAAAAUAUGCUGAGGUGAAUUUCUUCAUCUCAGUCUGCAUCUAUAUAACAAUAAUAAUAAUAAUCCUCGGAUUUGAUAUAGCACCUUAUCACUAUUUAAUAUCUUAAUAUUUAAUACUUAUCUUUAUUUAAUGCAGUUAAUCACUGCAUCAACUUUUGUUGGCAACUAUUACACAUCCCACUAUCCUACUACUUGUGAUGGUGGUACUUGUGUGUGUAUGUGGGUGGUGGGGGUGGAAUCUAAUCACACCAUUUUGGACAUUGACUAUGAGAAGUAAACCUAGGAUAAAAUUACAAAUAGACUGCUUUCAUCUAUAACCCAAUCACUUUAAAGACUUGGAUCAUGUCCUCUCGCCCCUCAUAUGUUUCUGGAUCAGAACAAGUAAACAAAGGCCUGUAAUUGUAAUCACCUCCACUGAACAUGGAAAUUCCUAGCAGCAUUGUAUUAUAUGUACAGUAUUUAACUUUUAAACCUGGAUGCCUCUAAAAAAAAUCCUAAUUUUCUGUAUAUAAAUUUAAAUAUUUUUUCUAUCAGAGCUAAAAUAUACUACGCUAUUUUAUGGUAGGAAUUAAUGUGUAUUUAGAGUGAAUAUUUUAAGCAUUUAUGAACAUUUUAAUUUGAAUUGAAGUGUCUUAAUCUGGUAGUUCCAGCGGCAGCGAACUAGUCAAUUAUGAUUUGAACUUGACUUGCCCAUUGGUUUAUUUCCCUGUAGCAGAAACAAAAUUGUAUAGGUGGACUAGUUUCCAGGCGCAGACCUUUUUCAUGUCCUUAUUUUUUAAAAUUUGUUCUAAUUAAAACCUAUAGAAUCUUUUUGAGAUGGACAACAGUAAUUCUGUGAUCAGUGUUGAUAUUAAAGAUUUUGUUGUGGUGCACCUACACAAAAUGCAUCAGUUUAGUGAAGUAUCCAAACAAACAAAGCAACACUGCCCAGUAAACAUUCUGCUGUUAAAAGCGGAUAGCAUGCUUUGUGUGUAUAGUCCAGGACUUUGUGUACUACAUUGAGUUUCAGCAAAAUGCAUGACCUUCAUUUAAAACUAGGAUGACUUUUUUUUGCAUAUUCUAACGACUAUAAAGAGCAAAACUAUUGUAAUAGCACAUUAACAUCAAUGUAUUUGAUUCAGGAUUAUGAGUAGAUGGGUUUGACUUGUUGACUUUUCAUUAUUUCGAUCCAAACUUGAUUUAAUGUUUUGGGAAGUGUAGCUUUUCAGUGAGUUGUUUCACCUUUCCAAAUCAUAGUGUUGAGGACAGAGGUCAGACCCACUGUCCUUUGCCUGCUCCCCUCACAUUAAAAUGACUGUCAUGAGUGCUUCCACUUUUCAAAAUGAAGUCAAAGAAUUAUUCAUUAAACUGUCUCAGUGUUUAA